GUCGACACAUUUCAUUCCGCCAACGCUCCUCCGCGCAAUGUCCCCCCCAGCGUGAGUGCCUCAGUCAUGCCUGCCCAUGCGGGUGCGUCGCACAGGCGCAACAAUCUCCUCCAAUCCCAAGGCUUCGUCGGAGCUGCGGCGCGCUUCUGGCAGCGCACCUAUGCCUCCGACUAUGUCGGCCUUGCGAUCCUUGUUACGGCGUGGAUCUUUAUUCAAUUCUUUGCCGAACCCUUCCACCGCAUGUUCUCGCUCGACAACCUCGCUAUACAAUACCCUCACGCCGAAGUGGAGCGCGUCCCAGUUCCAUGGCUGUUUAUCUACGCAGGCGCAGUCCCCCUCGGCCUCCUCAUAGCAUGGGCACUCCUCUUCCAGCCUGGGGCGCACAAAGCGCACGUCACGAUACUAGGGUGGUUCAUAUCCCUUAUUUUGACCCUCUUCAUAACCGACCUCGUAAAGAACGCCGUGGGCAGGCCGAGACCGGAUCUCAUUGCGCGAUGCAAGCCCGAGCCGGGGACACCAGGGCAUCAGCUAGUCACAUACGAGGUAUGCACCGAGGAGGACUAUCAUGUGCUGCACGACGGCUGGAGGAGCUUCCCGUCCGGUCAUAGCAGUUUUUCGUUCAGCGGUCUCGGCUACCUCGCCUUAUUCCUUGCAGGCCAGUGUCACGUCUUUCGGCCACGCACCGAUCUCGCACGCGUCCUUCUUGCGCUUGCUCCAUUGCUAGGGGCUGCUCUGAUCGCUAUUUCCCGCUGCGAAGACUAUCGACACGAUGUUUACGAUGUCACGACCGGAUCGUUGCUGGGAGUCCUAGUCGCUUAUUACACAUACAGGAGAUACUAUCCCCCUCUCCGAAGUAGUAAGUGCGCGACGCCGUAUCCGAAUCCUGCGGAUUCUUCGAACGGUCUUGGAAAGCUGAAGGAUGAGGAGGAGAGGAUAAGAGGUGCCGGGGAGUAUGAGCUAGAUGACUUUGAUGAGGGCGAUGACGAGGGCGAGACAAGACCUCUAAAUAGUAGGAGAUAAGGCUUUUCAGAUGUAUAAUGCCUAGUCACUCCUUUGAAAGCUCCUGAAGCAGCUGGUGACUCCCGAGUGGGAAUUGUCCCUUCUUGAACGCAACUGAAGAAUACCCCUGGG